AUGCCAUCACCCAUUCUCCCCGUUGCGCAGCCCACCGUGAUGCAUCAGGCAGUGCGAACCGCCCUAGGCAACAGACGACUCGUACUCGUCCUGAUGGCAAUGUCUGCCAUGUUCUCCCUCUUUUACCUAGUGACACCUGCAAACCUUUCACUACGCGAGUCCCUACAAAAAUACAACUCCUGUCCAGAGAUGACAGAGUCAGCACCACGAUAUAACACCUCAAAACUAGCGGUGCUUGUUGAGCAGCGACCAUUGUCAACCAUGAUUCCGAUCCUGCUCCAUUAUAUGGCGACUAUGGCAGACGACUGGCCUUUCCAAGUUUUCCACACAAAAGACAACGCCCACCUGUUUGAAAAUUCUGCUGCGAUACGACGAUACAUAAAGAUGGGCAAGCUGCAGACUACUCUUAUGCCCGAAGAUAUCAUCCUGAAAACUCAGCAAGACGUAUCGGCCUUCUUGACAAAGAGAUGGCUGUGGGAGCAGUUUGAAGCGGAGCACAUAUUUUUCUUCCAAUUGGAUGCCAUCAUUUGCUCCAACAGCGACAUGACGGUUGAUGACUUUUUGGGGUACGAUUGGAUCGGUGCACCAUGGCCGCACUUUAUUGACGUCAAGGGUGGGAACGGCGGGCUUUCGCUGCGGAGACGAUCAAGAUUGCUGAGAUGUCUCGACAAACAGACUUGGCAACCGACAGAUCUGCCCGAAGACGUGUGGUUUAGUGUCUGUUUGAUGUCCUUCCCGGAUGCCGUCAUGCCAAGCUUUGAGGAGAGCAAACGCUUCAGUUUGGAAGGGGCCCGGACAGAUCGUUUUCUUGGGGUUCACAAGCCGUACAACGAUAUUCAGAUAUCUGAGGCGUAUACAACAUGCCCCGAAGCAAGGAUGCUGUUUCUGGAUUGA